AUGGGCGCCGCCAAAGCCCACGCAGUCUUCAUCCGCCUCGUCCUCCCCCCCUACACCGCCCACUUCAAAUCCCCCUCCUACAUCCGCGACUCAACCCUCACACUCCUCGAUCAAAAAGUCAGCAAACCAACCCUCACAACGACCGCCUCCCGCGCCGACGUCCGCCACGCAAUCGGAACCUCGGAAUCCUUCUGGCUAGACCUCGCCACACUCCUCAAAGCCGCAAUCCCCAGUCUCGAGCGGCGAAGUUUCAGUAUCUGGGACCCAUCAUCUGUGGAUUACGAGAGUACGAGUGGGGCAUUGAUUGCGGGACAUUAUCCCGGUUUGUGGAAGGAUUUGGAGCGAUUGAAUGAUUUGGUGUCGAUUUGUAGAAAUGUUUUGACUGCUGGGGAGGUUGUGCAGGAUUUGGCUGCGGGGUUUGGGAUUGAUGGGGAGGUUUUUCGGUUGAUUAAUUGUUGUGUGAGAGUCACUGCUAGGGGUUAUGAUGGGGAGGCGGGCACUGGGGAGGAGGAGAAGUGGCAGUGGAUUGUGAAUGGGUAUAAGAAGUUGUUGAUUACGGGACUGCAGUUUUUGAACAAUUUCGUGGCGAGGAAUGAGAGGAGGAAGUUGAUGCUUUGGGUUGCGUUGUUUGAUGGGGAUGCUAGUGCUGUGGGAGGAGGUGGAGGUGGAGGUGGUGGUGGUGGGAUUGGGGGAGGAGGGGGAGGAGUGAUGGCGCCUGAGGAUGUCCCUGAGACGAGUGCGGCGAGUUUGACGGAUGUUCCGAGUAAUCCCACUUCCAGACCCACGAGUCCGUUGAAUAAGAGGGAUUUGUUGUUGGCUUUUGGGAGGAAUGGGAGUGAGGAGUUGGAUUUGACGGGCGAGGCGAAACCUUUAUAUGAGGAGGUGUCUUCCUUUGAGGAACAUCCCCUCCCCCCGGAAGCCAUUGAAGGGAGGGAGAAGUUGGUGGGGAAUGGUUAUGCGUUCUUCUUCAAGAGGAUAUCCGAAUUCUGUAAGCAGGAUUACCAAAAGAUUCAUGGAAGGAUGCCUACGCCGUUGGAAUUACACCUGGAAAUGCCGAGACGUUGGGCGGAAUGUGAUCAGGAAGACAAGGAUUAUUGGCAGUCUUUGUUUGAUGAUGCCGUGGCCAAGUGGAGGCAGGAUUUGGCCGUGUAUGAGGCCAAGAUGUUGGUUCUCACCGAACAACAGCCAGUAUUGAGGAACGAUGCGUCGACGAUCAGGAGUGAUGCGUCGUCGGUGAGGCAAGUGGAGAGGAAGAUUGCCAUGUUGGAGGAACAACUUGCCGCAAAGUAUCAAUCCGAGGGGAUUGACAUGCCGUCGAUGGAUUCCAACAGCUCCAAGUUGUAUGGCAGGGAAGGACAUCUCACUUUUGAUAGUGACAUGUUGCAGUCGAAGCCCGUGGUGGCGGAUGAUAUGAGGAUGUUGUUUACUGCCGAAGCCGGGACCAAAAUCUUGGAAUCCGGAAAGAUGGAAUUGAUGAAAAGGCUGGAAGGGUAUGAAGCUACGCAUGAUGCUCAUCUCCCUCCGAGUCGUCAUCCGGAUGGGGUCACGACGCGACCUUGUAUGGUUGACAAGUAUGGGGAUGCGGCGGAGAGGACUGCCAGUAUGGAGAGGGAGGAGCAGGGAAGGAAUGUUGAGGCUCCAAGGAGGGUGCAGAGGAGGUAUCCCGUGGAGGUAGAACCGCCCUCUCAUGAAGCAACUCAAGAGGAGGGUAGUGUGAGGGAUACGAGAGAGCAAGGUGUUGAAGAAGAGGAUGUUGAUGAUGAAGAUGARGAGGAUGAUGAAGAGGAAGAUGAUGAUGAAGAAGAAGAAGAAGAUGACGAAGAAGAAGAAGAGGAGGAGGAGGAGGAAGAAGAAGAGGAAGAAGAAGAAGAAGAGGAAGAGGAAGAAGAAGACUACCCCGGCUCCACAGAAGACGGACGUGGCCUCCUAACAGACGUCCCUCUAAUCCUCGGUCCCUCCGAGAUAGAAGUCCUUCCCAUGCUCAUCAUGAGCGGCAUCGUCCCACCCCUCAACAUCUCCCCCACCCUCACCCCAGCCGAACGCAACGCAUUAAUCAACAUGCACACCGUCCGAACCCACCUCCUCCUCUCCCAAUCCAACGGCCGUAACCUCCUCCGCGAACUCCUCAUCUUCGUCGCCGCCUGGGAUCUCCGCGAAGAGGAACUCUACUUCAAAUUCAUGGUCAAAAUCAUGGAGGCGAUUUUAAAAACGGGCCUCAUGCCAUAUGCAUACCACGCCUUUCGCGAUCGUUCCCGCUCCAAGGAUAUCAUCAGUCCCGCUCAAGCCGUCAUGAUGAAACUCCUCACUUGCAUCUUUCGAGCUCGCGGGGAAGCCGCCAAGGCCGCCGCCACCGGACAUCCUUCGAAGAAUAAUCUCCCCAUCCCCGCGACAGGCAUCCCCGUGAGGAGUGGCACGGGAAUUCCCAUCAAGACGGAAUUUGUCAAAGUAGAUGGCAAAGGUCCUCCAAUCCUCCUCGCCAAGGAGCCUUCGAGGGUGGAUUUGCAUAUUUUGAAUUUCAUCUUUACGGAAUUCCGACAGCAUAUCAUCCCGCAGACGUGUGCGUUGAUUUUCCUCCAGGGACAGAUUCAUGCCGAGAGGGCGAGUCCCGAGGAUUUUCCGCUGAAUUUGUGGGAUAUGGAGAGGAUGUAUGAGGGGGUGUAUCAGUAUUUGGAAUUCUUCGCCGUGUUGACUGAGGAAGGGGUUUGGAAGGGGAUAUUGGGGGAGUGGGAGAUGGCUAGUGAGUUGGUUACUUUGUUGAGGGAGUUGGAGGGGGGGAUUCCCAAGGCGGGGAUGCAGGGAGGUGGUAAUGGGGGUGGUGGUGGUGGUGGGGGGAAGAGGGUUGGAAGGACCAUGUCUGCUGAUGCGGCGAUUCCUUUGACGACGAAUCAUCCUCCUCCAGCCUUGUCGAAAGGUGCAGAGGGGGAUCAUCAGACUUUACCUCCUCUUCCACUUCCACAACCUCUUGCGGGGGGAGCAGAAAUGGAACAACCUCCCCCAGCAGCAGUACCAGCAUCAACAUCAACAACAGCAACAACAGCCCUCCCAUCAACCCACCCACCCCUCCCACACGACCAAGACGAACCCUCAGAUUUCGAAUGGAGAAAUCUCAAAAAACUCACCGUCUUGGUCCUCUCCUCUCUCAUCUGGAAGAAUCGCAUCGUGCAGGAUCAAGUGAGGGAAUACGGAGGUUUACAAGCUCUGGUGAGCUGUUGUCGUAAUGACGAACAUAAUCCUUAUAUUCGUGAACAUGCUAUUAUGUGUUUACGGUUUGCUGUUGAGGGGUGUGAGAGGAAUGCUGCUGUUAUAAGGGGUAUGGCGGGGAGGAGAGGUGGUGGGGGUGGGGUACAGCAGCAGAGUCAACAACAGCAGGGAUCCCAGCAAAAAGACGCGCGGGGGGAGGAGGAGGAAGAAGAGGGGGAAGAGGAAGAAGGAAGAGUAGACGCAAAAGAAGACCUUCGAGUCCGAGAACGAGGAGGAGGAGGAGGAGGAGGAGGGGGGGAGUUAUCGUUGGUUGCUAGAGGCGUCACGAGUGUUCCUAGAGAAGUGCUGGAUACGCAGGGCUAUGAGACUUUUAUGGAUGGGAAGGGACAGGUUGGUUUGAGGAGGAAGGAGGGGGGGAAUCUUCAUUCUCUUCCUCUGAAUCAUAAAGGGGGAAGUGGGAGGAAUGUUACUACCCCUUCUACGGGAAUGGGGGGGAGUGCUGCUACGACUACGACUACGAGCACGGCGGCAUUAAGUGCCGAACGAGCGGCGGAAUUAAUGUCUAGUGCUUUGAGCUCUUUGCCUUUGGGGGAGAGGAGUGUUGCGGGGAGUAGUGCUGGGAAUGGGAGUGGGAGUGGUGGUGGAAGUGGAAGUGGAAGUGGAGGGGAGAGAUUGUUGUUUAGUGAGGAGCAAAAAGCUGAGGCGCUGGCGAAACUUGAUCGGGCUUUUGAGAGUACGGAGAUUUUAUUGGGGAGGAGCCCGAGGGAUUAA